CUGUCAUGUUCAGCAGGAAGGUGAUGGGCACCCUGGUCCCAGGGUGCUGGAAGAGCCAGCCUGAUGCCACAUCAGGUACAGAUGUGGUCCUGGUGCCUUGGGCUCUCCUGUCACCUUAUUCUGGCUUUCAGCUCGAAAGCAGUGGGGUAAUCUGUACCCAUUCACUCCUUCUAGGUUUAGGAAGUGGGUUCCUCACAUCUGUUCAAUACCUGAAUCUUUUUCUUCUACUUCUUCCUGUUUUAGAAUCAGCGAAGGCUUUGUUUUCACAUUUCACCCUAUCAGAGGCUGCUGUGCUGAGGAUAAAUAAGCCCUGUGUCUCCCAUAUGGAAGUGGAGAACCAGACACAGGUCACCAAGUUCAUUCUGGUGGGAUUCCCCGGGAGCUUCAGCAUGCGGGCAGCCAUGUUUCUGAUGUUCCUGGUGUCCUAUAUUCUGACAGUGGCUGAAAACGUGAUCAUCAUCCUAUUGGUGCAGCAAAAUCGAGCACUGCACAAGCCUAUGUACUUUUUCCUGGCCAACCUCUCCUUCUUGGAGACCUGGUACAUCUCUGUGACCGUGCCCAAGUUACUGUUUAGUUUUUGGUCUGUGAACAACAGCAUCUCUUUCACACUCUGUAUGAUACAACUGUACUUCUUCAUUGCACUCAUGUGCACAGAAUGUGUGCUCCUGGCCGCCAUGGCCUAUGAUCGGUACGUGGCCAUCUGUCGCCCACUCCACUACCCAACCAUAAUGAGCCAUGGGCUCUGCUUCUGCCUUGCCCUUGGUUCCUGGGCCGCUGGCUUUGGCAUCUCCUUGGCGAAGAUCUAUUUCAUCUCCCACCUCAGCUUCUGUGGUCCCAAUAUCAUCAACCACUUCUUCUGUGACAUCUCUCCAGUACUUAAUCUCUCCUGCACAGACAUGUCCAUAGCUGAGUUGGUGGACUUUAUCCUGGCACUGGUCGUCUUCCUCUUCCCACUCUUUAUUACUGUCUUGUCCUACGGAUGCAUUCUGGCCACCAUCUUACGCAUGCCCACAGGAAAGCAGAAAGCGUUCUCCACUUGUGCCUCCCACCUUGUGGUGGUCACCAUUUUCUAUUCAGCCACUAUUUUCAUGUAUGCUCGACCUCGAGCCAUCCAUGCCUUCAACAUGAACAAAACUAUUUCCAUCUUCUAUGCCAUUGUCACUCCUGCUCUCAACCCUUUCAUUUAUUGCCUAAGAAACCGAGAGGUCAAGGAAGCUCUGAAGAAACUAGCACAUUGCUAGACCAUCAGAUCUGACUAGUCAAUUACAGUUGCUUAGAAAGAAAGGGCUGAGUGGGUGCCUAUAUGCCUUCCUCCAUCCCUUCUCCUUUAAUGAUUCAUUUGGAACACUGUCCAUAUUAAUACGACAUCACCAUAUCUAUAUCAAUCUCAGGCUCUUUGGUGUCUCCAUCAGGGCAUAUGAUGAGUGUUCUAAGUUCAUAUGCCUUGUAGAGAGCUAGAGAAAGUAAUUUUCAAUGGUUGCGACCCCAAAUAGGGUUUCUAAGACUGUGACUAAAUUUAUAACUGAGUUAGUAGGAAGAGAGAUGGUGAUGGAUGAAUUAGAGGUUUUUGAAUCUGCCGUACACUAAUAGCUCUGGGGCCAACAAAAUGGGUGA